AUGUUUCAUCAAGUACGAGUCAAAGAAGAAGACCAGGACUUCUUACGUUUUUUCUGGUGGCCUGAAGGAGACUUGUCCCGCGAGAUAGYAGAAUACCAAAUGAACGUACACUUGUUUGGAGUCGUAUCCUCUCCGAGCUGUGCAAACUUUGCUGUCAAGAAAAUUGCUGAGGACUUUGAAGAACAGAUUGGUACGGAAACGGCUAACACGCUGCGAAAGAACUUUUACGUGGACGACUGCUUGCGUUCAGAGGAAACGGAAGAAGAUGCCAUACAGAGAGUACACGGGGUAAUCACCGCCUGCGCAAAAGGAGGUUUCUCUUUGAGCAAAAUAACAAGUAACAGRAAAUCAGUGCUGGAAACGAUUCCCAAAGAAAAACGCUCGGAAGCCUCAAAGGAGAUCGAUCUUGGUGAUGACAUUCCGAUGGAGCGAGCCCUCGGUGUUCAUUGGUGUGUUGGAUCUGAUGAACUUGGUUUCCGGAUUACUCUAAAGGAUAAACCGCUCAACAGACGAGGAAUCUUGGCCACUAUAAGUUCAGUUUAUGAUCCACUGGGAUUAGCCGCACCUGUAAUAUUGCAAGGAAAAAGAAUUCUCCAAGAAUUAUGCAUUAGCAACACCACCUGGGACGACCCAAUUCCUGAAGAAUCUAAGAUGAGAUAUGAGAACACGUCGGGCUGGAGACCCCUCGAUUUGUCUCAUUUUGGACUGCAAAGGAUAAUGGGUACGUUUGUAUACCGCUGA